AUGGGAUUGAAGUUUUGGAAAAAAUUUAAAUCUAGCACCCACGAGAACUUUGCCAAUGUCAAGAGCAAGAAGAUCGAGCAGGAGCUCGAGAAGGAGCAGCAGACGAUGAACAAGACCAUCAAGCUUCUCAUGCUCGGAGCUGGAGAAUCCGGAAAAUCGACGAUCAUCAAGCAGAUGCGAAUUAUUCACGCGAACGGUUACACUCCGGAAGACUGCGAAAAGUACCUUCCAGUUAUUCUCUCCAAUAUGAUGUCCUACAUGAUCACAAUUAUCAAGGCUAUGGAAGGACUGAACAUCUCUUUCGAAAAAUUCAGCAACGGACAAGUAGCCGAGCAGUUCAUGUCCCUCGCUGGAAUGCUGAGCGAAGGCACUGUAACAAGAGAUAUCUGCCAUCUUAUGGUGAAGCUUUGGAAUGAUGGUGGAGUCGCAGAGUGUUACAGAAGAGCUCGGGAAUAUCAACUGAACGAUUCCGCGAAAUAUUACUUGGAUGAAAUUGAGCGAUUGUGCGAUGCAAACUACAAGCCUACCCAACAAGAUGUUCUUUACACUCGAGUCAAAACUACAGGAAUUAUAGAGACAGAGUUCAAAUGCCGGGAGUUCACAUUCAAGAUGUAUGACGUCGGAGGACAACGGUCAGAGCGAAAGAAAUGGAUCCACUGUUUUGAAGGUGUCACUGCCGUGAUUUUCUGCGCCGCUCUUUCUGGAUAUGAUACCGUCCUUGCUGAGGAUGAAGAAAUGAACCGUAUGCACGAGUCCAUGGCUCUCUUCGACUCAAUCUGCAACAAUAAAUGGUUCGCCAAGACAUCCCUCAUCCUCUUCCUAAACAAAAAAGAUAUCUUCAAAAGCAAAAUCGUCAAAGUACCACUUACCGUCUGCUUCCCCGACUAUGACGGCCAAAAUACUUACGAGGAGGCAUCAGCUUUUAUCCAAAUGCAAUAUGAAGACUUGAACAAGAACAAAGAAGAGAGAGAAAUUUAUGUCCACAAAACCUGUGCUACUGAUACAAACAAUAUACAAAUUGUGUUCGAAUCUGUCUCCGACAUCGUCGUCCGAAACUAUCUGAAAGACUGCGGUAUCUUCUAG